CAGCAUUUAGAGCAUACUUACUUAAUUUAUAAAAUUGUGUGUAUGAUCAAAGUUCCCGUGAAAUAAAAUGGAAAGCAAUAAUGAUGAUUAUGAAGUGAAACCUUUUACAGGGGAGGAAGAGGCAAAGUUUAAAAAAAUAUACACUGCUGAUAUGCAGUACAGCCGAGUGGGUCGUCCAGGGUAUGUCCUGUUGUCUAGUUGGGUGGACCAUUCCGAGGAUGUGAGGACCAUGCCUCUCAGACCUGAUGAUGUCUUCGUCGUCGCUUUCCCGCGAUCAGGUACAACGUGGACACAAGACCUCGUGUGGUUGGUGGCAAAUGACUUGGACUUUGUUAAGGCAAAGUCUAUCCCACUCACUGAGAGAUAUGCUUUUUUGGAAGACUUCCUUUUUUUACCGGCUACUCGUAUGGCUGCUGCGAAUGACCCGGAAAAAAUUAAGAUCAUUGACACAGCAAUGAGACCUGCGCCAGAGGUAUUGGCCUCGACCCCCUCCCCCCGCUUCAUCAAGAGCCACCUCCCCAUGUCCCUGCUCCCUGAGGGCACCCUGGACACUGCCAGAGUGGUCUACGUGGCCAGAGACCCCAGAGACGUAGCCGUGUCGUACUAUCACUUUGUCAAAUCUUUCCCAACGUAUGAAAUGAAGGCUGAUUUCAAAAGUUACCAUGAUCUGUUUAUAAAUGACUUGGAAAUGUACGAACCCUUCUUCGAGCACGUGAAGGAAGCGUGGCACCAGAGGAAUCAUCCCAACAUGCUGUUCCUAUUCUAUGAGGAACUUUCCAAGGAUCUAGGAGCAGUCGCGCGGAGAGUAGCCAGCUUCCUAGGCAAGCAGUACACAGACGAGCAGUACGCCAGACUGCUCGACCAUCUCAAGUUCGACAACUUCCAGAAGAAUACCGCUGUUGAAUUACAAAAGUAUAAGAAACUUGGCCUGAUGGAAUCUAACGGGCAAAACUUCAUUAGGAAAGGUAAGGCAGGCGGCUGGCGAGAUUACUACGACGAGGAGAUGAUACGACGUACUGAGCAGUGGAUGGCAGACAACCUGAGAGACACGGACCUGCGUGUUCAGUGGAAGUAACCCUGACACAGGUAUACAUAGUUUAGGGACCAGAGAAUCAAUUCAUUGUAUACUACAUUAACCAAUAACAACAAUGUA